AGGGAACCGGAAAGAUAGAGAUUGGGAUAUUUUAGUUGGAAAUGAUAUUCCUGAUUUAGAAGCUGUCAGAUGGAUGAUUAGAACUGCAUUUGAUUUCAACAUUGUUGUCAAUUUUGGAAUUCAGAUUUGCUAUUUAGAAAAAGUACUAGUAUUGUCUGUUACUUGCAAAGAUAGGAAGAUUUCAUGGAUGACUUUGCAGGAAAAUCAAAACUAUCAAGCGGAAGUGCCAUACCGGAAACUUCAGUAGAAAGUUGUGACAUUGAAUUAUUCAAUGAUAAUACAACUAGUGAUUCCACAUCAAUUGAUGAUGUUAUAAGAAAGACAUCAUUACUAGAUUUACAGGACAGUUCGAUCGAUUUCAAUCAGGAGAGUCAUCAGUAUUCAAUAUCAAACUCACCCUUACCUCACCUUUCUAAAGUAAUGAGCCCUGGCCUUUUUUCAAGUCCAAUUCAAGAGUCUACAUCUAAAGUGUUACCCAAGCAAUUACGACAUAAGCAAAUACUAACACUAAGACGACAGAGACGUUUUGGUAGUAGUUGUAAUGGGUCUUUCAUUCCUCGGCAUUUCACAAAAAUCAUUAAGAGUCCUCCCAAAACGCAGCUUGUUAAACGACAAAAAAAAAUAUAUAAAAUUUUUAGUACUUCGGUUGCACCUUGUCCAUCACCUACUCAAAAAUUCAAUGACUCACUCUUGUUUCGUUUGAGUGGGAUCUCGAUGAGUCCUUCAACACCAAUUGCAUGGAUGACACAAAGUCCGAUAGAAUGGGGUGCAGUUUGUACAUCAGGCUCUUUCUUCUCAACAAAGAAGUCUUGUACUUCAAAUGAUGCCAAAAACUCAAGCCAUACGGACAGUGUGUUAUCAUCUACCAAGAAUUGCAAGAAUGAAACAGAGUGUGUCAAAACGCCUGAUUCCGGCAAUGCCAAAGAAAAUUCUAAACCAAGAUUAUUGGUUUCAAAUGAUACCUGCCCACCUGACAAGUUAUAUUUUUGGCAUGAAGAUGGCUCAGAGCUAAUCACUGAUGAAAAACUUGGUUGUGGAGGAUUUGGACAAGUGUUUGAAGGAACCUAUCGUGGUAAAAAAGUCGCAAUCAAGAAAAUGAAAUCAGAGUUUCAGCACAAGAAAGCAGUGUUUGAAAAUUUUGUUGGAGAAUUAUUUUCACUUAGAUUGAGUCAUCCAAAUCUUGUUCGUUCAUUGGUUCUGGUACAACCUCCAAAUUCACCUAUGACCCCUGGGUCGAAAGGUCAAAGUUUUCUUGUCAUGGAGCAUGCUGGUACCAAAAACUUGUUACAAAUCAUCAAUGACUUAGCUGAAGAGAUUACAGUAAAAAGGCGCAAAAACAUUUGUAUUGAUAUUUUAGAAGGAUUGACAUAUUUACAUGAUAAAGGUUUAGCCCAUUUAGAUUUGAAACCAGGAAAUAUAGUUGUUACAUCACAAGGAACUUGUAAGAUCUGUGAUUUUGGUUCUUGCAAGCUCGUUAAAAUGACUUCAAAAACUUUUAGCGUCAAUUCAACAAUUUCAUUUAAUAGUGAAUCUUGCACACCAUCCACAGCUGAUUCUGGAUUCUCGUCUGUCAACACAAGUGGAAAAAUAAAGCAAGAAUCUUUGCUUAUGGGUACUUUGAUGUAUCGUGCUCCAGAACUUUUAAGAGGUCAUCAACCAACUCUGAAAGCAGAUAUUUUUUCAUUUUCUAUUACUGCUUGGCAACUUUGGAAACGCACAAGUCCCUAUCCUGGCCUGCACCAGCAUACAGCUGUGUUUGCUAUUGUCGCUUUUGGCAAGCGACCAGAUAUCUCCAUUGACUCUUUUGAACAGAGCAUAUUCGAUAAAAAGUAUUUAGAUAUGAUUAUAAAGUCUUGGAAUGGUGGUAUCACCCAAAGACCAAGUAGUAGCGAAUUGUUGAGUGAAAUGAAAUCAUUGCCUUUGCAUGAUUAGGUUUCAAAAUUUAUGAUAACUUGGUUUCUGGUAAAUUGUCAUUGUAUAUGGUUUCUAUAAAGUCCUGUAUUAAUGUGGGUGAAGGAACUUUGAUGUGCUUUGUACGACUAAUGGUGGGUGUAAUAAAUGAAGUAAUGAUACCUACGGUAAAUAAAUAUUGAUUAAAAUGAAACAACCUGGUUAGGAUAUAUUCAUAACCAAAUUUUUAUCGUAAUAGAACAACCUACAUUAUUAAUUUGUCUUCUGUCAUAUUCCUUUGUUUUGCUCCUCGAAAUGCAUAUCUAGUGACCCUUUUUUCAAAUAUUUAUGAAAAGCGGAUGUAUAAUCAACUAACAUAAUAAGCAGAUGCUGGCAUGCGUUUUUUGUGUGGUUUUGUAUUUUUGUGACGUACUAUCCUACAAUUUUUGAGUAGAGAGACCUCAUGAAUAUAUAUAUGUAUAUCUUUGUUGUAUAUUUCAGUAGUAUUUUGUGAUUUAUUCCGUUUUGUUCACUUUUGCAAUACAAUCUCGUUUCACAAGAA